AUGUUUAAAUUGGUUGGAGCCAGUAGGCUUGCUCCUGUGUUGAUCCAGAAGAGAGCCAUCUCGUACACAUUACCUGCCAUCAAAACGUUGGACAACCUUCGAUCAUCAGAGAAAGAGUUCAAGGGGUUAUUUUCUAAUAGUACCGUCAACGAAUUAUGGUAUAAGAGGGGUACCUACCUUGUAGAGAGCUUGAACCAAUUAUUGGAAGAUAACAACGUGACCGAGCGUCCUUCAGACUUGAACCAAUUGAUCAAGAUGACCUUCAACAAGCCAGACUUGUACGGGGUACAUUCGUAUGCCUCUAUGUUGUACAAUUUGCAGUUCUAUUUGGAAUCCUUGAAGCCCACUGUGGAUGAGGCUUCCAACAGAAGGGUAAAGCAAUAUGGGCCAGAAGAGCUACUCAAGACUCCCUUGAUAGCUGAGACCUAUAACAACGAGCCAACCGAUCCAGAGCUUAGAGAUUGGAUUAACUAUUCGUUUGGAUCCGUAGCGGAGUUCAGAACUUUGCUUUUGAACUCGGCCAAGGGUAUUAAGGGGGAUGGAAGUGUCUGGCUCGUGGCCCAAGCAUCUUACAGCGAUCUGACGGUGCACAAGGACGAAAACCAGUACAACACAUUGGCUGUGAUGAACACAUACAACGCCGGGUUCGUGAACGACUCCAUCAGGUCUGGCCAAGUGACCAAGUUGCAGCAGCAAAAGGAGGCCAAGGGUGAAUUCUUGAGAAAGCAAGAGGCGGACGAAGGCAAGGACACCACCACCACCACCACCAUAGACGCUAAGGUCACUCCAGACAGCACCAGCAACUCCAAGAAUGGUUUGGAAUUGGGUUCCGUAGAAGAAGCCGAAGCAGCAGCCUUGUUCAUGGACAGAAGAAUCAUCCCCUUGGUUGCAAUUGACGCAUCUCCAAGAAACUACAUCCUCGACUAUGGUGUAUUCGGCAAGCAGCCGUACUUGGACAAUGUCUGGGACUGUAUUGACUGGUCCAUCGUGUCCGAGAGAGCACCAAAGAGAACUAAGCCAGCGGUUGACUUCUUUUAG